GAUGUACACGAUAGUGACAGAAAACCUAGCGCAUUUCUUUAUGCUUUACUUUCUUCGUACUUUAAAUACUUUACAAGGCAUUUUAGACAUGUAUUCACAAUAUAUGACAUGCAGAUAAACAUUUUUAAAAAACGUAGACAAGAUUAUGUGGACAAAAGACAAAACAUUUAUUGACUUUUCGGUUGCGUCAUAUUAUCAAAAGAAUUGUACAGGACCUUAUUAAAAGUGAUCAAGAUAAGUUUGACUUGAUUCUGACAGUAGCGGGAGUGUGCGUGUUGGGAACGAGGCUCCAGGCAGGGGCCGCUUCCUGGGUGCGUUAGAAGCGUCACGCAGGACAGCGUUGAAGUGGUUAAACGGGCGAUGUGACGGCGAGUUUUGAGAAGAUAAGUUUAGAGCAGGUUGGUUGUGGAGGCGAACAAUAAUCCAAACGAGGGAAUUUAAGUAUUUUAUAAGGACACACAGCUAACUGGAAUAACUUGUGUUGAUAUAAUUUGGGAUAGAGGGCAGACGAGGGCAGCCCCGUGAGGGCAAGUGUGUGCUGUGGCGCUCCUGUUAGCGAAAGAUGAACAAGAACCACCGAGUGCCGAGCAACCGGACUUUGGGCGCCGUGGAGGUGAAGAGCAAGUUUGGGGCUGAAUUCCGCCGGUUCUCCCUGGACCGGUCCAAGCCGGGCCGGUUUGAUGAGUUCUAUAGGCUCCUACAGCACAUGCACCGGAUUCCAAACGUGGACCUGCUGGUGGGCUAUGCUGACGUCCACGGUGACCUGCUGCCAAUCAACAACGAUGACAACUACCGCAAAGCCAUCUCCGUGGCUGACCCCGUGCUACGCCUCUUCCUGCAGAGGAAAGAGGAAGCCGACUACUCUGCAUUUGGUCUGGACACUCUGACCCGUCCCAAGAAGACUGUCCUAGCGGCCAUGUUGCUACGGCCUGAUGCCAACCGGAAGAAGCCCCUUGUGAUCAUCAGCCUGCCCAGGGACUUCAGGCCUGUCUCCUCCAUCAUCGAUGUGGAUAUCCUCCCUGAGACACACCGCCGGGUUCGCCUCUACAAGCACGGCCAGGAGAAACCACUGGGCUUCUACAUCCGAGAUGGCUCCAGUGUCCGGGUCACGCCCCAGGGCCUGGAGAAGGUUCCUGGGAUCUUCAUCUCCCGCAUGGUGCCUGGGGGCCUGGCUGAGAGCACUGGCCUGCUGGCCGUCAACGACGAGGUUCUGGAGGUCAACGGCAUCGAGGUGCAAGGCAAGUCCCUGGACCAGGUGACAGACAUGAUGAUCGCCAACAGCCACAAUCUCAUCGUGACUGUGAAGCCGGCCAACCAGCGCAACAACAUUGUACGGAGUGGCGGGGCAGCGUCCGGGAGCUCGGGGCACUCGUCCGACAGUGGCACCAGUUUCUACGGCUACUCCUCCCCGGGCAUUGCCUUGGCGACGACUCCGGCAGACAUCAUCCAGAACUUCCAUCCAGAGGAGCUGGAGAGUGAUGAGGAUGAUGAGGACCUGGUGAUGGAGGUGGACGGAGAGGCCAUGCCCAUCCCACGGACCUCCUCGGCCAGCUGUACCAUACCCUUCAUUCCUCGCUACAUGCCCCACCUGGACCUCCGCACCACCAACGGAGCCCUGGCCUCCCACAACCGCUCCGGCUCACUGCGCACGCUCAGCACUGCCGACAGCGGCCUGGAGGGAAGGAGCUUAGAGGAGGAAGGCACCGUCAUUACACUGUAAACACACACUGUCGUAAGUUGCACAGUAUUUACGGGAACGCAAACACAUAAUCUGACAUACACUGAAGCGUACCCUCAUGCAUACACAAAGAACGACAACAUCCACACAUGCGUUGCCAUAGUAUCGACACCGCCCUCCCUAUGCUCUCUGACAGACACAUUGAUUACCCGUGGUGUUUUGUGUGGAGGAGGAAAGUGACUCUGCCUCUGAUAAAGGCCUCCAACUUCUCAUUGACAACCAUAAAAAGCACUUGUUUCUAUUUCGUGAGGGGGAGACUGUGUUUCUGUGGUCUUCCACUUGAGGGCAGCAAUGAGAUGCUACACUGUUGUUUUUUAAAGUUUGUGAACCAUAGGAAAGGACUGAUUUUAAUGAACAAAUGAAUGAAUGAAUGAAUGAAUGAUUGCAGACAUCUUUAGGCUUUGACCUUACCCUAGCUAUUCUGCCCUGGUUUGUUUGAUAGAGGAGACUACAUUUCACAAUCUGCUUUUGCCUUGUCACUUUGCAAACGACAACAACCACUCCCCUAGGAGAUUACAGCUUGUGAUUUGGGAACAAAAGUAAUCGCUUCUAUCCUACAUGUUACCAUACAAACUACCAAAGAGUAGAGGUCUGCAAUAACACUCAGAUUAUAGUCUGAGGAGAAACAAUGUAUAUGGGUCUCUCUUCAUGGACCCGGACAUUAACCACACUUCCUGUGUUUCGUCUCCAAGCUUUUAAUGUUGAUAAUCACCAAGGAAAAAACUAGAUGCAACUGAAAUGACAACAUCUCUUAAAGGGGCAAUCUGUAAUUGCUACAUCCAAUUUUAGACUUUUAAAUGAAGUAUAUAUAUAUAUAUAUAUAUAUAUAUAUAUUUGAUUCUUGAAGAAUAUAACUAAUAAAAGCCUUCUAUUGUCGAACCCCAUCAGAAUCCAAAAUAUAAGCUUGUUUUAUACUCCUUUGUUUGUAGACUAGGUAAAUACAAACAAACACUGUAUAGCGUCAACAUGGUUAGAACUCUAAUUUUGUUAUCAUGGAUUGUCAUUCCUUGUAUCCGUAGAUCUGUCCAUGGGUUCGAGAGGGUUUUCAUUUCUAUAAACCCCAUCCUUCAGCCUUCUACCAAAAUAGUGGCGGGGAGUCUGUUGUUUUGAACUGCAGAUUUCCGCUUUAAAUAUUUUCAUGCUAUUUCUUUUACGGUUUUAUUUCAAUCUAAAAUGGUUCACUAAGUAUCAAUUCACCGUCACGGAUCAAACACCUCAUCUGACAGGUGUGCUGUCCCUGCCUGGAUGAAGAUCCAUCUUGUUUUUCAUCCCAACUUCUCUUUCCUCACGACAAGGGCAAUUUCCCCACUUCGUGUACAUAGUGUGACAGAAUGUGAUUGUAAAUGUGAUUCUCUGAUUUCUCAGACCAUGACGCUUCACUCAUCUCAGCAUGUUCUCUCUCUCGCUCUCUCAUCUGUCUCUCUGGUUUGGGAGGAUGUAUUUGUAACAACAGAUGGUGGCUUUCUUAGUUUUCCAACUCUGAGUUCACUUGGAUGUGUCCUGAAUCAUUCACAUUUGAAGAGUGUCCUCGCUUCAUGUACAGUAUUUAUUCACUAUUUCAUUGUAUAUUGUUUGGAGUAACCCCUCAGUCGAUCUUCAACAGAAUGUGAUACUGGUAUAGAUGACUAGCUGGACUGUGACACUGAGUACUACAGAGAUGUUACGUAACUUAGAGCUAGUGACCCCAGUGAGAAUGGAUGGGACUGUUAUAGAACCCAGUCUGCAGAAAGAAGUACGUUUAUUUUGUCUUGCCCACGCUCUCACACAUACCGACCCGGUCUCUGUGUUUGAGUAAGGUGGAGUUUGUCUAGCGCUAUGCAUUAUGACUUGGAUCAGGUGAGCACAGGUCUAUUCCCACUUGUUCCUGGUCACAUGACAUCACCUGAUGACUGUACCUACCUGUUCAGGAAGGUGAACACCAGCAAGUUCAUUAGAAUGUCAUUAGUGUAGAGCCAAAACACAAGACAGGAUAGCACUGCAGAACAUCCUCAUUCCAAUAGAUUGUAGUUUUAUUCUGUGUGUUUAGUUGCCAGUGAGCUUGUUGUGAAGUAUAAUGAGAAUUUAGACUAAGGCUGUACUCAACAUGUAAACAUUAAAUGACGCUAACAGACUCCACUGAGAGCAGAUGGUGUAUCGAUGUCCAUUUCUCCUAUUGCUUUUUACAAUCCUCUCUGAUGGGGAAGCUAAAUGUACUGGGAACAGUUGCCUCCCUCACCCCCCUCUCUCCUCCUCAGUCUGACUGCAAUGGGUCUUACCUGCAGAAAUACCUGAUGAGAAUCAUAAACACUGGAUCACUGUAAUCAGACAUGCCAUCUACCCAGAGUAGGGUAUCAUGUGAACUCCACUAGCCCUCCCUAUCAGACAUGCCAUCUACCCAGAGUAGGGUAUCAUGUGAACUCCACUAGCCCUCCCUAUCAGACAUGCCAUCUACCCAGAGUAGGGUAUCAUGUGAACUCCACUAGCCCUCCCUAUCAGACAUGCCAUCUACCCAGAGUAGGGUAUCAUGUGAACUCCACUAGCCCUCACUAUCAGACAUGCCAUCUACCCAGAGUAGGGUAUCAUGUGAACUCAACUCCCCCUCCUUUUUAUACUGUGAGGUACAGUACUACUCUAUUCUCUUAUGGUACAGGGUGUAGAAGAGUUGGGAUUGCUUUCACUCUCUCCCUCUCAUUGAAACAGUUCUGGAACAUUCAAGGCAUGAUGAGUCACAUUUUAGAAUGGAAAGAUUUGUAUUUGAUUUUUUAUCUGUUAAUUUAUUAUUGUUUUAACUACACAGGACAUGGGGAUCGUAACCACAACUAUUUAUUUUCUAAUCAUGUUUCAGUAUAUUCCUUUUCAUUGCUAGGUCAGUAAACAUUUUAAUGUGUUAUAACUGAUCCAGUGUGUUAAUUCAUGGUUUAAUUUCAUUUUCUAAUCUGUUCCCUUUUUUCAAAAGUGAUUUUGUUAAAUAGCUUAUUUUCUGUACAAACAGCUUCUAGGGGUGUAGAUUAUGACACUUUCCCUGUACUGUGAAUUCCUUUAUUCCUGGGAGAGACCUGUAUGUUUCAGAGAACACUAACCAGGCUCCGGAAUUUGGUUUGUGUUUGUUCUUUUUUUUUUUUUUUUU